AUCAGACUAGUCUCAUCCUCAGGAUUUUGAUCCCCGUUUCCCUCCCACUUGAUAUUUUUGUUUAAAUAUUUGUUUACUUCCUGCUCCUGUCAUCCCAAAGGCUUCCCAACCCAAAUGUGCUCUGCCUGCUAAGCAAAGAGAGUAGGGGAAAGGUUGCCUAGGAGUAGGACAGAACCUCGGCUCCAGGAACUCAGGCUGGGACUCCAGCAGGGUCUUUUGUAUGCAAACCUCCCAUAGUUUAUUGGGAACACAGACAACAGAAUGGGAUGCUGCAGGAAAAAGAGUCAUGUACCAAAGGCUGAAGAAGCUGUUUUCCUCAGGAAGAAGAUCACUCUCACCCGGGCCAUUGCUCUGGCCAUCGGCACCAUGGUGGGCAGUGGCAUCUUUAUUUCUCCCAAAGGCGUGCUGCAAAACUCUGGCAAUGUUGGGUUCUCCUUAAUUGUCUGGCUGGCUUGUGGAAUCCUUUCUCUCUUUGGUGCUCUGUCCUACGCGGACCUUGGAACCAGCAUCACCAAGUCCGGGGGCCAUUACAUUUACCUCCUGGAAACUCUCGGGCCCUUGCCGGCCUUCCUGCGAUUAUGGGCUGAGUUUGUGAUGAUCCGUCCUGCAAAUCUGGCUGUAGUUUCCUUGGCUUUUGGUCGCUACAUAAUUGAGCCUCUCUUUGCCCCAUGCCAUGCUCCUGCCUUCGCUGUGAAACUCAUCACUACAGCAGGAGUCACCCUAGUAAUAGUUCUGAACUGCUGGAGUGUAACCUUGACUGCAAACAUACAAACAGCACUCACAGCCCUCAAGAUGAUCACCUUGGGCUUGAUCAUCGUUCCUGGGAUGAUGGCUCUUGGCAACGGUUACUAUGAAAAUUUCCAGGGAGGUUUGGACCCAAGCAUGUUGAUGUUGGACAAGCUACCCCUCGCUUUUUAUUCUGGCAUGUUUGCCUAUGGAGGGUGGUUCUAUGUAAACUUUGUAACAGAGGAAAUUGUAAAUCCUAAACGGAAUAUCCCACUGAGCAUUACAGCGUCUCUAAUUGUUGUCACAGCAUGUUACAUCCUGACAAAUGUGUCUUACUAUGCAAUCUUGACACCCCAAGAAGUUCUCAGCUCCGAGGCUGUAGCUGUGAGCUUUGCCGACAAAGCUUUCAAGAGCAUCUCCUCUGUGCUUCCCAUCCUUGUAGCUUUGUCCUGUUUGGGUGCUCUGAAUGGAGGGAUUUUUGCUGCUUCAAGGAUGCUGUUUGCUGCUGCCAGGGAAGGACAGUGGCCGGCGCUCUUCUCAAUGAUCCACAUUCAAAGACACACUCCACUGCCAGCCUUGCUACUAAUGUUGCCACUGGUCUACUUGAUGGUGUUUAUUGGUGACCUCUACGGCCUGCUGAACUUCUACAGUUUCUCACGUUGGUUCUUCUUAGGACUGGUUACACUGGGACUCAUGGUACAUCGCUAUCGUCAUCCAGAACUUCCAAGACCCUUCAAGGUACCACUGGUCAUCCCCCUGGUAUUUACCAUAGCAUGUUUCUUCAUAGUGGGAACGUCUCUGUAUUCAGAUCCUGUGAACACCAGCAUUGGUUGUGCUGUCACUCUGUCUGGCUUGCCUGUCUACUAUCUCGUGGUUCAGAAAUCUAGAAUACCAGGCUGCUGCACAUCAAAGUUCAACUCCAUGACAGCAAAACUGCAGAUCCUGAUGAAAGUGGCACUCCAGGAAGUCCAGACUUACUGAAAGUGUUGUGCAUCUUAACAAAGAAAAAGGAUGUAUAUCCUUCAAGGCCCCUUCAUAUCAAUUCCAUCUUUAAUAGAAGGCAAAAAUCACCCCACACUCCAGUAAUGGGGAACACACCUCCAACUCAUGUCACACAAAGAGAGCACUCUGAUGAGUCAUGCUCCUCACCACUUAGCCAAAAUAUUUGUACAGAAUGUCAAUGCCAGUUGUCUUCUACACUUUAAUGAUGCCUUGAUUUUUGCUUAGGAAGUAGUAUAUGAAACAAGAGCAGGCCUAGUCAUGUCAAUGGUAAAUUAGCUCAGCAUACCUUUUCUUAAAAAGCUGACUGGCUAGUGCACUUCCACAGUGUGCCCUUAAGAAGCAAAGCCACUGUUAGAGGCAUCCAUCACAUUAUGCCUCAUUGAGAAGGAACAGUCCACAUAUGACUGACCUCAACUUUACCUUUGCAAGUAUGUGGGCUAGGAGGCUGUGGAGAGGGGCAAUAUUAACUGAGCUACCCCACAGUUGCAAGAAAGAUGCCAUGCCUUUUGUUAUGGGGGCUGAUUUUUUAAAAGUUUAUUCUCAGUAUAAGAGCAAAGUGUGUCAGAUUCCCUUGCCUUAGCCAAUAAAAUGCUUUUGAUGAGUCAGCGUUUCUCUAGAAACAUACAACUGAAGACAAUUCUUGUAUUUGGGGUAAUGGUAACCCUUUGCAAUAAAUGCUUAUAUUAUGAA